ACUUUUGGUAGAGUGUUUGAUAAAAAAACCAAUACUCUCUCCUCGAAGUCUCGAACCGCAAAAUUGUGGAUAUCAUACUUAAAAUACAUUGCAACAAUCAAGAAGUAUAUCAUUGCAGAAAGGACGUCUAACUGGCCACUCCAUCUCGAAGCUACCAAGGAAAUGUUAAACUUGUUUGCAGCCAUGGGACAUAUUAAUUAUGCCAAGAAUGCACAACUGAACCUUCAACAAAUGGUUGCCCUCCAGCAAAAAAAUCCUUGGCACCAUCAGAAAUUUCAACUUGUGAUCGAACAGGCUCUCAUGAGAUCAAUCAAAACCAGAGGAGGACUUACCAGAGGGAGAGGGAUGAAAGAUGAUGUGCGGAACCUUUGGGUUCUUAGCUUGAAUUCCAGCGCCUUUAUUUAUGAAGCAAUGACUGGCGUCUCUGGCCUUACUGUCAAAGCAAACGAGCAACAAGUCGAGAUGGGGGCGUCAAGAUGCUCCGAAGAUUAUACAUAUUGCAAGAUCUUCAUAGAUUGGCUACAGCAAAGAUAUCCGUUUGUUUAUGAAGACACAAAUCUUCAUUCGCUUUCUUUUGGCUUGAUGUCUGAUGAAAAUGAUUGUAUCAACUGUGAAAUUGCGGAAAAGAUCGGAGAAAUGAAACAAGCAAAGCUUGACAACCUUUCAGUAGUUGAAUGCACAAUCAAGCGGAAGGACCAGGUUAAGCCCAUCAUUUCCUUGCAAUCCAAAGUCCAAUUGAAUAAAGAAUCUGUCAUAGUCAAUCCACCGAUGUUGUUCACACGAUUGGUAUCCAUAGCGCAAAGGAAAAAAGAAGACAUCGAAGAAUUUUUUGCUUUCGAACUUACACAAGAGCCAAUGUCCCUCUUUAAACAUGGCUUAAUGAGAAAACCUGACAAGUCCUCAUUACGUAAAGCUGUUAUGAACGAUGAUAAAGCAGUGGAAAAAAAUCAAAUGCAAAUUGAUCCUUUUUUCGUAGUCGAUGGUGAAGCUCCAACGGACUCUAUGCAAAAGCAUAGAGUCCGUUAGAUCAAAAAUUCUACUUUUGAUGAACUAUUGCAAGUUUACGUUAGUUACGUUCGACGGCACUAUAAAUCUUGCAUUGUCUUUGAUCGAUACGAUGGUCCUAGCAAACUUUACCAAGACGGGAAAACAGUGAAGAUUUGUGAUGGUGAUGCUGAUACAACAAUCGCCGCAACAGUACUAGAAGAAGCCGAAACAAACAACCAAAAAGCCGUUGUAACAGUUGCCGAUGAUACUGAUGUUGCAAUGAUGCUUCUAUACCAUUGGCAAGAACAGAGGUUGGAUAAAGCCUGGAACAUGAAAGUUGUCUGUCAAAAAUAGAACCCUAUCCGACAGCAUAUUCUUUUUGUGCAUUCGUUUUCCGGCUGGGACACAACAAUGGGUGAUGUUUGGGCAGACAACAGAGAUGUCAAAGAAGCUGCCAUCAAAGCGUUUUAAAUAAUUUACGAUGGUAACGACUUGACUGAUUUAUGCAAACUUUGAUACCGGAAAUAUCUCGAUAUAUGUUGGAAAGGGUUUGAGUUCAUCUACAGGUAAUGAAGUGGAAGAUGUUAGAGGAAGAAGAGCUUAAGCAAAUUGAUGCAAGCAAAUGGGGCUGGAAAAUUGAAAGUUCUCAAAUGAUGCCAAUAAAGACAGAUAAACAAGUCGCCCCUUAUAGCCUCCUAAAAAUCAUUAAAUGCAACUGCAAGGCUACUUCGAAGUCACCCUGUUCAACAAAUUUGUGUUCGUGCAGAAAACAUGGUCUGAGCUGCAUGCAGUCUUGUGGAGAAUGUCACGGUGAAACAUGUGAAAAUAAAGAGGUAUUCGAUGGUGAUAGUAACGUCGUAGAUGAUUUGGAAGAUGAAGAAAGGAAUAGAAACAUUUUUGAUAUAUUUGAUGCAUUUUGAUUUCACAUAUUUGUAUACAAAUUUUUACUUUUUAAGAUGGAAACUGUUAAAGAAAGUCCAUGACUUUAAAAAUGAUGAUUUUUGAGAGUUAGGUUGAUUACUUUUUGUUCUAAAUUGACUGGUUUUCGAAUUGACCAACUUUCGUUUUCUCAAAAAUGUGGAAAUUCACCAUUUUUAAAAAUGGCGCAUAUCUCAUUUUAAUGCUAUUGAUGGGCUUUUUUUUCUGUUAAUCUACAUAUUAAAAGGAGUAAGUGUGCCAAAUUUCAGCUCUAUAUCAUUUUUUUCCAGGUCAGUGUGUUUUUUUACUUUAACGACUGGUCUAUUAGUGGUGAUCAGCUGACACGAGUCCGUUUCGCUGGUGCGAAAUCCCUACUAGCUGGGAAUCACACACCAACAGACCGGUUGGAGCAUUGUUCCCCUUUCAAAGCUGCAUCUUUACUUCAAUAUUCAUAUGCUCUGCCUUACUCAGCAAACUCUGUCAACCAGAUAGAAACGCUGAAGUAUUUGAAAAUGAAUAGAAGGAAUCCAACACCAGGUAAAGUGUUAGACUCAUACGAAGGUAGCGAAGAUCAGUUUUUAAGUGUUGGUAGAGCAUAUUUUGUUGUAGCAGCAAUGUUUUUUUUUGGAGAUGGAUACAUUGGAAGAUAAACCGAAAAAAAACAUCUCUUUCCUAAAAAUUUGGUGCAAAGAGGUAAAAAAAGAAGAUUUUAACACUUUACUGGAUAAUUUUGUCGAUCAAUUUGUUCUCCAGAAAUCAAUUGAAGAUGGUGAUCAAGUGAAAAAUUAUGGUCUGUGUAUCAUUUUCUUAACUAAAGAAGGAGAUGGUGACAGAAACCUCAUUAAUCAAAGCUUUUGUUGUCAAUAUUUCGAUCACUUGGUGCAUACAGUAAAUAUGCGAUAGAGAUGUUUGUAAGCAUUGCACAAGUAGAAUGCUUGUUGACACCUAGAUUGUUUGAGAAGUUCAAAUGCGGAUACUUUUCAAAUUGAAGAGGUGGAGCAGGGCAAAACAUUGAAGAUGAUCUAUCACAAGAAAUCAGUAAUCGUUUAGGAAAACACAUCGUGCAAAGAAUGGGAGCAAAUAAAACAAUAAAAUCCAUUAGCAAAAUGUGCAAGGCUGUGAGCCGUGUAAACUAGCAUAUUGCCGCACGUAGUGUAGUGGGUUCGUCUGCGACUCCCAGUUCUGGGGAGCGCGGAUCGAAUCCCGUUUACUGCCAGGCAGUGUGUUAAUGAUGAACAAAGUAGUUCUUUUAAAAUAUAAAAAUUAUCUUGUUCAUAUUUUUUAAAACCAAAGAAAUUUAGAAUAAAUUCCCUUAAGCACAGAUCUGUUUUGCAGAAGCACUUCAUGCUAUCGUCAACAUUAUUUUUAUUAACAGCAAUAUCUGCAUUAUUGUAAUACAAUGUUGCAGUUUAGUUUUCCCCACGCCUUCCAGCUCGACCAAUUUCUUGCAUGUAGGAUUCAACAUUGGCUGGACGCGUUAUGUGGAUAACUUCGGUAACAUUUGGUGCAUUAACACCCAUCCCGAGUGCUGUGGCUGCAAACACAACUCUAAUAGUCGAAUCUUGUUUUGUAAUUUCAUCUAAGAUUUCUUUCUUCAUUUUAGAUGUUUGAGGAGCAUGAAAUUGACAGAAUAGUUUUGUGUUAUUUGGAGUUACUGUUUGCUGAAAUAACGGAUAAGCAUAGCCACAAUAUUAAAGCUUCAUAUAAAUGAUUGUCAUGGGAUAAUCAUUUAUAUGAAGCUAAAACAUUGUUAGGGUUAUUAAUUAGUUCUUUAGCAAUGGGAACUAAAGUAUCAUCAUAGCUUCUUAAGCCAAAGUUGUUUCCGCGUCUUGGCAAUUUCUUUAAAUAUAUAUAUAUAUAUAUCCAUCUUUUCAUUUUUAACUGGGAAGAGAUCAGCAAGUAAAUAAAAAAUAAUUGAUUUUCCAAAUCCAGUGGGCAGAACUGCCACCACAUCAUUCCUCUUUAACAAA